AUGACUAUCUCUGAUCAUCCUGAAACUGAAAAGAAAUGGUGGAAAGAAGCCAUGAUCUAUCAAAUCUACCCGGCAAGUUUUAAAGACUCUAACAACGAUGGCUGGGGUGAUUUGAAGGGGAUAACUUCCAAGCUGCAGUACAUCAAAGAUCUUGGUGCUGACGCUAUUUGGGUUUGUCCUUUUUACGACUCUCCACAGCAGGAUAUGGGGUAUGACGUAUCUAACUACGAAAAAGUUUGGCCAACUUACGGUACCAAUGAGGACUGUUUUGAGCUAAUUGACAAAACUCACAAGCUUGGUAUGAAAUUCAUCACUGAUUUGGUCAUUAACCAUUGCUCUACAGAGCAUGAAUGGUUCAAAGAGAGCAGAUCUUCAAAGACCAAUCCAAAGCGCGAUUGGUUCUUUUGGAGACCACCAAAAGGUUACGACGAGAAUGGCAUACCAAUCCCUCCAAACAACUGGAGAUCUUUCUUUGGUGGACCGGCUUGGACGUUCGAUGAAACUACAAAUGAAUUUUAUUUGCGUCUAUUCGCGACUGGUCAGGCUGAUUUGAAUUGGGAAAACGAAGAUUGCAGAAAAGAAAUUUUUGAGAGUGCGGUUGGAUUCUGGCUCGAUCGUGGUGUGGACGGCUUUAGAAUUGAUACCGCUGGUUUAUACUCAAAACGUCCUGGCUUACCAGACUCUCCGAUCUUUGACAAAACCUCGAAAUUGCAACACCCAAAUUGGGGGUCUCAUAAUGGUCCUAGAAUCCAUGAAUACCACCAAGAGUUACACAAGUUCAUGAAAAAUAGAGUUAAAGAUGGUAGAGAAAUAAUGACAGUAGGUGAAGUUGCUCAUGGAAGCGACAAUGCGUUAUACACCAGUGCAGCCAGAUACGAAAUCAGUGAAGUUUUUUCUUUCACGCACGUCGAUAUUGGCACCUCACCAUUUUUCCGUUACAACAAGGUCCCUUUCACUUUGAAAGAAUGGAAGGAAGCUAUUGCAUCUAACUUCUUGUUUAUCAACGGUACUGACAGUUGGGCUACUACCUAUAUCGAGAACCACGAUCAACCUCGCUCAAUCACGAGAUUUGCUGAUGAUUCACCCAAAUAUCGGACCAUAUCUGGUAAGCUGUUGGCAUUGUUGGAAUGUUCCUUGACAGGAACAUUGUAUGUCUAUCAAGGCCAAGAGUUGGGCCAGAUAAAUCUCAAAAACUGGCCCAUUGAAAAAUACGAGGACGUCGAUGUCAAAACCAAUUACAAUAUCAUCAAAGAAAAGUUUGGCAAGGACUCCAAGGAAAUGAAGGAUUUUCUUGAAGGGAUUGCCUUGGUAUCUAGAGACCAUUCGAGAACCCCCAUGCCAUGGUCUAAAGAUAAACCCAAUUCUGGCUUUACGGGUCCAGACGUCAAGCCCUGGUUCUUCCUGAACGAAUCGUUUCAACAGGGAAUCAAUGUUGAGCAGGAAACGAAAGACAAUGGUUCAGUCCUCAACUUCUGGAGAAGGGCUCUGCAAGCUAGAAAGAAGUAUAACGAUCUUAUGGUUUAUGGUUACGAUUUUCAGUUCAUUGAUUUAGACAGUGACAAAAUCUUUAGUUUCACUAAAGAGUAUGAAGACAAGACGCUGUUUGCAGCCUUAAAUUUCAGUGAUGAAGAAGUUGAAUUCAACUUGCCAAGAGAAGACGCUUCCUUAUCUUUCAUGCUCGGAAAUUACGACGAUGCGGACGCCUCCUCUAGAGUUUUGAAACCUUGGGAAGGUAGACUUUACCUCGUCAAAUAA